UCUUCUUCUUCUUCUUCUUCUUCUCGGCAUUCUUCAUCUCCAUCCGACCUCAAAGUUCUCUACUUUUCGGCCAUGGAAAGAGACCCAUCAUCGUUCCUGUUCGCCGGAAUCAAUUUCAACCGGAAGAAGUUCGCCGGCGACUUUGCCAGAUUCCGAGACAAGAAGGAAAGAGACGAUCCGGUCGAAAGCCCGAGCUUGUCGGAGAACGCCGGCGCAGUCGAGCCUGAAGAGGCGCCGGUGCCCGCGAAGAAGAGGAAGAGGAAGGCGGUGAGUGGUUCAGACGCGGUGGAGGGUAUCAGCGUCUUCAAGAGUUCGAAGUCGGCUCCUGAUUCCGCAGUCGAACAGAAAGAGAAGGAUGAAGAUGGGCACUUGAAGGAAAGGAAAGAGAUGUACAGACAAAUGGAGCGUGAUGCCAUUCUGCGAAAGAAGCAUAGUAUACACGUUUCCGGGAGUAAUGUCCCUUCGCCUCUUCAGGACUUUGCAGAAUUAAAAACUCGGUACGUUGCUGCUUGUUUCUCUUCGUGGUUGUUUGCGUUUUUGGGAAGCAAAUGCACACUUCAAUUCUCCAAUCUGGCAUUCAAGCCUAAGACAGUCUCUACACAAGUCUCUGUAAAUUCCCAACCCAGGUUCCUUGGCAGCUUUAAAAUGCCCACCAUGGUCCUAGGUUUGAGGAACUUCAAACAGCCGUUGAGAGUUGUCUUCGUCCCGACAUGGAUCUAA